AACUGCGUGGUUCCCGGGGCUCUACCCCUGGAUCUCCUAUCGUUGGCUCACGGUUCUGGUCCCCAUGCCAGCCUAAUAUACCCCCGGCUAGAAUGCAGCGUCUUUCUCACCAUGAUUUCUAGCACGGUGAGACGCUGGUCCUCAAAUCCGUGGGCCACGGAGCAAUAUGGGAAUAUCUGAGUCGGCAUACGAACUUACGGAAGAUCAGAAGCUCAUCCAUGAUGAUCCGGAGGGCGAUCAAGGGGCCAACACCCGGGAUGGUGCGGGUUUUGCCGGCUAUUGGAGGAUUUUCCACUAUGCCGAUCGUCUCGAUUGGACACUGAAUGGCAUCGCAUUGGCCUGCUCCAUCGCAAGCGGCGCUGCUAUGCCUCUGAUGACGAUUAUCUUCGGCCAAUUUACCACCAAGUUCAGCAACUUUGCCGGGGCUUCUGGCGACCGCGAUAGCUUCAAGGAUGACGUGGACCACUUUGUGCUCUGGUUCAUUUAUCUGUUUGUGGGAAAGUUUCUCUGCACCUAUAUAGCGACCAUGGCGAUCAGCGUUGCCGGAAUCCGAACGACACGAGCCCUGCGACAAGCGUUUUUGAGCCACCUACUGCGCACCGAGAUCUGGUAUUUCGACACGGCCCGAACCGGCUCGCCUGCGACGCAGAUCACGACAAAUGCGACUCGUGUCAACCAGGGAAUCGCCGAAAAACUAGCUCUUCUCGUGCAAGGGCUCGCGAUGUUCUUCUCAGCCUUCAUCGUUGCGCUGUCUGCGCAAUGGAAACUGGCUCUGAUCGCCAUGAGUGUCAUUCCCCUGAUGUUCUUAGUAUUCGCUGUCUGCAUGGGGUUCAGUGCCGGGAUUGAAGCCAAUAUUACUCGAACUUAUUCGGACGGCGCAGCCCUGGCACAAGAAGUGCUCUCCUCCGUUCGAACGAUUCACGCAUUCUGGGCUCAAUCCCGUAUGACAUCCAACUACGAUCGAUACUUAACCCUCGCCCACAACCACGGCAAGAGGAAAACGGUUGCCACGGGGGUUCUCGCAUCGACAACCUACUUCUGCGUCUACUCCGGCAACGCCCUGGCUUUCUGGCAGGGCAAUCGCAUGUUUCAAAACGGUGAGAUCGAAACCGCCGGCAAGGUGAUAACGGUUGUCCUUACCAUUCUGAUGGCCUCUUCGGCUAUGGGUCUCGUUUUCCCCCAGUUAGAAUCUAUUACUCACGCCGCAGCCGCCGCAUCAGAGCUCUUCCAAAUCAUGGACAAACCGUCGGAUCUCGACCCACUGUCGGAGGAUGGACUUCGGCCUGAUAGUUGCAUGGGAAACAUCGCCUUCCAUGACGUCAAUUUCUCCUACCCUUCGCGUCCGACGGCCAGGAUUUUGCAAGGUCUCAACUUGUCUAUUCCCUCGGGCAGGUCCACGGCUCUGAUCGGGGCCAGUGGAUCGGGGAAGAGCACCGUCGUUGGGCUCCUAGAGCGUUGGUAUAAACCACUCAGCGGGCAGAUUACUGUUGAUGGAAUCGAUAUUGCACACCUGAACACCAAGUGGCUUCGAAAUCAGAUUGCACUGGUUCAACAGGAGCCUAUUUUGUUUCAAGGAACCGUCUUUGAAAAUGUUGCAAAAGGCUUUGUCGAGUCGCAGAAAAUCCUGAGUCAUGCGGAGCAAUUGGUCCUCGUGCAAAGCGCCUGCCGCGACUCCUAUGCUGAUGAGUUCAUCCAGGGUCUUCCUCAGGGCUAUGACACUUAUCUUGGUGAACGCGGAGGAACCUUGAGUGGUGGGCAGAGACAGCGGAUCGCCAUUGCAAGGAGCAUCGUUUCCAACCCUCGAAUACUGUUACUCGAUGAGGCGACAAGCGCCCUAGAUCCUCGGGCCGAAGGGAUUGUGCAGAAGGCCUUGGAUCGCGUUUCCAAGUCGCGCACAACGCUUGUGAUAGCUCAUCGUCUUUCCACCGUCAAAAAUGCCGACAACAUUGUGGUGGUUUCCAACGGCCAAGUCGUCGAGCAGGGGACCCACGAAGAACUAAUUGCAAGGGAUGGUGCCUACGCACGCUUGAUACGAGCCCAGAAUCUUAACACAACCCAUUCAGAAGAGAACAUGGGUAAGCCAGAAGAUGACGCGAAGGAUGGUUCAGACACAAUCUUGACGAAGCCCACAACAAACCUUCCUGGGAAUAACAACACAGCGGACACGGCGUCCGGCAAGGAAUCAAAUUCCAGGUCACUUUUGUCUGCCUUGCUUCUCAUCACUCGAGAACAGAGACAGCUUUAUCCCUUCAUCGCUCUUGGGAUCCUAUUCUCCUUUGUUGCGGCGGGAACCUGGCCUGUGCAGUCCUUUCUCUUCUCGAAAUUAAUCGAUCUCUUCGCUCAUGCUGCAUCGGCUUCCGGCGAAUCUGACUUUUAUGCCUUGAUGUUCUUUGUCCUGGCGCUAGCCAGUCUACUGUCGUAUUUCAUAAUUGGAUUUGUCGCCAAUAUAAUCUCUCAGACUGUCACCCACCGAUACCGGCUAGAGCUCUUCGAGCGCAUCCUGAGCAUGGAUAUCGAGUUCUUCGACCGGGCCCAAAACACAUCCGGUGCAUUGGCGUCCCAGCUGUCUACUGUUCCGGACAAUCUGCAGGAGCUUAUCUCAGUGAAUGUAUUCGUUAUGCUGAUUAUGGUGAUUAACCUAAUUGCCAGCAGUUGUCUGGCGCUUGGCUACGGGUGGAAGCUGGCACUGGUCAUGGUGUUCGGGGGGCUGCCUCCGUUGAUCGGGUCGGGAUAUGUUCGAAUACGCCUGGAAUUGGCUCUAAAUGAGCGAAACGAUCUACGCUUUUCACAAAGUGCGAGUCUCGCCGUGGAAGCCGUCAGCUCACUGAGAACGGUCGCCUCACUCACAUUGGAGAGUGAUAUCCUGCAGCAGUAUGCGGCUAUCCUUCACGGCAUCACCCGGCAGUCAAUCCUGUUUUUAGGCGUUGCCAUGAUCCCUUAUGCAGUGUCCCAAUCGAUUGAGUUUCUUGUCAUGGCGCUCGGAUUCUGGUAUGGCUCCCGUCUUAUGGCUUCGGGUGAGUACACCACGUACCAAUUCUUCAUCAUAUUCAUGAGCGUACUAUUUGCCGGUCAAGCGGCUUCGCAACUCUUCGGUGCAGCUGGAAGUAUGACGCGAGCCAAGGGCGCCGUAGACUAUCUUCUCUCAUUGCGAAGCCAGCAGUCAGUUAUCAAGGAGACCGUCGAUAACCGCGGCGAAGGGCCGUCCGGAGACCACUCCAUAUCACUGAGCGAUGUUCAUUUCCGCUAUCCCGGCCGUGCGGAAUCGGUCUUGAAGGGAAUUUCUAUGACGAUUCCAACCGGAAGCUUUGUUGCCUGCGUAGGCCAUAGUGGCAGCGGGAAAAGCACCUUGAUUUCUUUAUUAGAGAGGUAUUACGAUCCCACCGCAGGAUUGAUCCGACUGGGAAACGAUGAUAUCAAGCGCUUCUCCCCGAAGCUGUAUCGGGCUCACUUGUCUCUAGUGCAACAAGAACCUAGAUUAUAUCCGGGGAGCGUGAAAGAGAAUAUCCUUCUGGGAAUGGAGUCGGAUGCCUCUGAGGAUUAUCUAGUGGGCGCCGCGAAGCAAGCGAAUUUGCUUGAUUUUAUCAUGUCCUUGCCAGAUGGGUUUGAGACGUCCUGCGGCUCGCAAGGCUCAUCCUUCUCCGGGGGUCAGAAGCAGCGCAUUGCCAUUGCUCGGGCUCUCAUCCGGAAUCCCAGGGUUCUCUUGCUGGACGAGGCAACGUCGGCCUUGGAUACCGAGUCUGAACGGCUGGUUCAGGAAGCAUUGGAUCGGGCGGACCAAAGCAGCGGUCGCACCACCAUUGCCGUGGCCCAUCGUCUGUCCACGAUUCGGAAUGCGGAUAUCAUCUUUGUCUUUUCCAAUGGAAAGAUUGUUGAGGCGGGAAACCACGAAGAGUUGCAGCGACGGCGAGGGGUCUACCACGAGCUGUGUAUGGCGCAAUCUUUGGAUAAAACUGUAUAAUUCCUGUUUUGAUGUUCACUACUUGUAUAAUUAAAAGGACUUUCUAUGUUGGGACUGUUGCAGUGCCUCGAUAAUGCAUUGUCAGUGGGUACUUUCUUCCGGGAAAAGAAAUCAAACCAGGAAAGUCAUCUAGUAGUUGAUU